GUGGAGCAAGGAAGGAAAUGCACGCACAUAUUUCCUGUUUUUUCUUGCAAAGCAGUAGCGACGAUAACGCUGCUUCAGUGCGGGUGUUCUUCCUCAAGGUAAAUACCGGAAUAAGAGAGACCCGUCUGUAGAUGGUUUAAUGUGCAUGCACUGGACGAAGCAAGUUCCCUACUGACGUGUCCUGUGUGGAGGAACCAUACAGACCACAAUGAGGCUGAUUGAUUGUUGCAGUGUUUUACUGCUGCUCGUCCUCUUUCCCAGAGCCUGUCAAGGUGGCAACAUCUUGGUCCUUCCCAUAGAAGGCAGCCACUGGAUAAACAUGGAUAUUCUACUUCAAGCUUUGCACUUGAGAGGACACAAUAUUACUAUUGUUUGUUCCAGCAAAAGCUGGUACAUCAAGGAUAGCUCUUCUUAUUACAAUACCUAUACAGUUCAGGUGGAGAGGAUCCUUGAUCAGGAGUUACUGACAGGAAUGAUAUCCAGCAUCAUUGAAAGUGAAAGGGGGAACCUUCCUUUCGUGAAUUUCCUCCACCUGACUGUAGGAUUGUUUAGCACGUUUGUUGAUAUUCACACAAAUGUGGGUAAAUUUGUAUCGACAAUACUAGAUGACAAGGAGUUGAUGAGAACCUUAAAAGACGGCAAGUUUGACAUGGUGCUGACUGACCCCUGCUGGGGCCAUGGAGUCAUUUUGGCCAAAUAUUUAAACCUUCCUUUGGUUUAUAAUGUCCGGUGGAUGAUAGCUGGAGAAGGUCAUUUUGCCGUUGCACCUUCACCUAUAUCAUACAUUCCUAUAACAGGAUCUGGAAACACUGAUAAAAUGACAUUCUUUCAGAGAGUUAAGAACACCAUUCUUCAUAUAAUAACUCAAACACAACACCAGCUGGUGACUAAGCUAACAUACCAGAAAAUAUGUGACAAAUAUCUUGGGCCAGAUUAUGACUAUAACCAGUUAGUGCUUAAUGCAGAUAUUUGGCUGAUGAGAGUGGACUUUGUGUUUGAGUUCCCUCGUCCCACCAUGCCUAAUGUUGUCUAUAUGGGAGGGUUCCAGUGCAAACCAGCACAACCUCUACCUGAACACUUGGAGGAGUUUGUGCAGAGCUCUGGAGAGCACGGGGUCAUCAUCAUGUCUCUGGGGACUUUCGUGAGUGAGCUUCCUGCUGAAAUAACAAAUGAGAUUGCUGCAACUUUUGCUAAAUUACCGCAGAAAGUCAUCUGGAAGCAUAAAGGGGGGAGACCAGCCACUCUGGGCAACAAUACUUUGAUAGUAGACUGGAUGCCACAGAAUGAUCUUUUAGGACAUCCCAAGAUGAAGCUGUUUGUGGCUCAUGGAGGAACAAACGGAGUUCAAGAAGCUAUUUAUCACGGAGUCCCAGUUGUGGGUCUGCCUGUGUUUUUUGACCAAUACGACAACCUGCUGCGUCUGCAAGAGAGAGGAGUGGCUAAGCUUUUAACAAUUAAAACCGUGGACGAAGACAACAACUUCCUGAAGGCCAUACAGGAAGUCUUGAACGAGCCGUCCUACAGGAUGAACAUGCAGAGGCUCUCCAGGCUGCACAGAGAUCAGCCAAUGAAGCCGCUGGAUACGGCCCUCUUCUGGAUAGAGUUUGUCAUGAGACACAAAGGUGCAGCUCACCUGAGAACUGAGUCCUACAGGAUGCCCUGGUACUCCUACCACUCUGUCGAUGUGGCGCUCUUCUUACUAACGAUUGCAUUGGUUGUUUUGUUAAUUGUUAUUGGGUUAGUGUGGUCAUGCUUUAGAUUGUGUUGUAAAAGUAAAGUAAAAUCUGACAAAACAGUGAAGAAGGAAUGAUCAUUUUCAAAUUAGUUAAUAUUUUGCUAUGUGACAGCCCAUCUAGCUGUGAUCAGUUGAAUAUUGAAAGGACUAGAGGUGUUACCUGAAAUGUCUGGAGCUGGGCUCGUGAUUCUGACUAUUUUCAUUUUCAUCAGGUGUUUAUACACUGCAAUGUGUAAAUGUAAAUUGAAACGUGACUAAUCAUUCAGGGCAUAUAUGUUUUCUAUCUGUACUAGUUUUUGGGACUUUUAUAAUAGAUUUUCUUUGACUGUUCAUUUAUACAGCAUGUUAACAGCAUUAUUUUGUUAUUUGAAAUGAGCCUAUUUUAGUCAAGUAUGUCUACGAACUAAAUGGAUGUUGCAACCUUUUUAAUAAUGAACACUACAAGAAAGAUAUUAGGGAAUAAUGGAAAUGUAGUUUUAUUUUAUUUGUCACAGUCCGGAUAUUUCUGUAUUUGACCUUUGACCUAAUUUGAGAUAGGGGCUAGUGGGAAAAAAGAAGAGGAAAAAAAAAUGGGUACAAACCACCUUAUCUAUGUUGUCCGUGCUUAGUGUUGCUAAAUGCGGAUCUAUGAAAAACUAGAAGCUAAAAUAUUUUUCUGACUCAUUCAUUAUUUCAUUUUUGUUCUGUCGUGAGCCAUUUGGAGUUUCACACCUCCAACCACCAGGUGGUGCAUCUUUCUAUUGACAUAACUGAUUAGGGGGAAGGAAGUCAUUGCAAUCAGCUUCAGGUGGUGUUGCUUUGUGUGGUGUUUUAACAUGCUUAAGCAUACACAAAGCCACAGCCUUUGUGUAUGCUUAAGUUUAUGGUUUGUACUAUUUGUGGAACAUUAUAAAGGGAAGCAUUUGAGAAUACUGGAUCAACGAAUGGUGAGCUGUAAAGAACCAUACAAUAAAUCUAUUUGUUGGUAAAUUGGAUACUUUAAAUUGCCUGUCAGUGUGGAGGAAAAUAAAAUGCAAUGUUUGACUUUCUAUAAUAAACAUGUUUCC